AGGCUAUUUAAAGGCAAGGGAGUGGCCCUUUGGUUUCCCCCCAUCUGUGUGCAGGACCUGAUCAGUUGAGCUGCGGGAACAAACAUCUUGAAGAAGAGCACCAUGCCUGGAAUUGUUUGCACUAGCCUGCAGGUUGCACCUGGCCAGCGCAUUGCUGUGAAGGGUGAUGUUCCAGCAGGAGCUAAGAGUUUUGUAAUUAACUUGGGCAAAAACGGUGACGACCUUCUGCUGCAUUUCAACCCACGUUUUGAUGCUCACGGGGACAUAAGGACCAUCGUGUGCAAUUCCAAGAACAAAGGGCAAUGGGGCACAGAACAGAGGGAGACCAACUUUCCCUUCCAAGAAGGGAGUCCUGCAGAGAUAUUCUUCAUUCAUGACAAAAAAGAGGUGACCGUUACAUUACCUGGCAACCAUCAGUUCAAGGUCCCCAACAACCCUGGCUUUGAAGGCAUCAACUAUGCCUGCGUCGAAGGCGACUUCGUAUUCAAAGGCAUCUCACUCGCUUAACUGAUCUCCCGUCCUGGUCCUGCCCCACUUCCCUUUCCUGCUUAAUAAGGCAGAAAAAUAAACACAGCUGAUUUCUGA